AUGUGCGCUCGAGUUGUAGCAGCUCUUUAUUGCGUGACGCACAGACGCGCAGAGCUCGGGGAGGACUCUUCUCCACUGGUAAUGACCGACGACGUGAGGAGCACGGUCCAGACCACGGUCAGCGCUCAACGCAGCAGUGACUUGAGGGCAUGGCAAACGGAGGGGACCAGUUUGGCCUCGCAGAGCGCCCAGACUCAGACUACCACCACCAACCAGCAGGGGAUGGAGGGAAUUAAAGUUUUUCUUCAUGAUAGAGAUCUUUGGACCAAGUUUGAUGAAGUUGGAACAGAAAUGAUCAUUACUAAGGCUGGAAGGCGGAUGUUCCCAAGUUAUAAAGUGAAGGUCACGGGACUUAACCCAAAAACCAAGUACAUCCUGCUCAUGGACAUCGUUCCGGCGGACGACCAUCGCUACAAAUUUGCGGACAACAAGUGGUCAGUAACGGGAAAGGCAGAGCCUGCAAUGCCCGGGAGGCUGUACGUCCACCCGGACUCUCCGGCCACAGGAUCGCACUGGAGCCGCCAACUUGUGUCUUUCCAAAAACUGAAACUUACCAACAACCAUCUAGACCCAUUCGGACAUAUCAUACUGAACUCUAUGCACAAAUACCAGCCUCGGCUCCACAUUGUCAAAGCUGAUGAGAACAACGGCUUUGGCUCAAAAAACACUGCUUUCUGCACCCAUGUCUUUGCUGAGACGGCCUUCAUCGCUGUAACAUCUUACCAAAACCAUAAGAUCACACAGCUUAAAAUUGAAAACAAUCCAUUUGCUAAAGGAUUCAGAGGUGGUGACGACAACGAAUUACAUCGUAUGGCCAAACUGGGUAAAGACUACCCUGUGGUUCCCCGCAGUACGGUUCGACAGAGAGCAUGUCCAGCGGCCAGCCCCUUCAGUGCAGAGGCGCGGGCUUUGAGGGGCUCCUCUGAUGACAUCAGAUCCCCGUACAGCUGCGACACAGGGCCCAGCAUUCACAGCCCAGAGAUGAUCAGCCCCUCCUCUACUCAGUACAACCUACUGCACCCACAUCUGCAACAACCAGCUACCGCCUACCAAAGCACCAAGAGGAAAGGCACAGAGGACAGAUGCUCCCCUGAUAACCGGCACCCGUAUAAGAAAGCCUUCACUGGGGAGUCUCCUGGAAGCACAGACAUGUAUUGUCACCCAUCGUCAUACUCCUUCCCUCCACCUUCGGGCCUGCACAACAGCAUCGCACUGGGUCUCACAGAUGCCCCCUACCCUUCAGACAUGGGACAGCGCCAGGCGUGCAUGUAUGGAGGCUCAGACACCAGACUGGAUGAAGUCAACUGUGCGUCCUGGUCCUACAAUUGCCCUGUGCCCUCUGCCAUGACCAACAUGGAGCCAUACUCUUACACUCCCCAUCCGUCCUACAUCUCCAACGCUCAGGGCUCCAGACUCACUGCUGUGUCCCACCACAGCUCUCCACAUCUGGGAGAGCAGAUGGCACAUGAGGCCUACCAAAACCAGACUGGAGUUCAGAGCUCCCAAAACAUUCCCAGUCGACAGAUCAGUCCACCACUCAGAGAGUACCCUCGUUACACCCCCAACGCAUCCCCCCCUCUAUACCACACUAUGGAGAGCCACACACAUAUACGCUGUGGGCUCCCAGAGUGGAGUGCAGCAUCCUAA